CACAGUCAAAAGCGCAUGGCCAUCAUAUUACAACAUUAGAGUAGUCAAACAUCAUUUUCUUACUGAUUUUAUACCGGUUCACUUUAAAGUUUUAUUCAGCGGCAAAGAUAAAACGCAAACAGACUCCUUGGAUUUUGAUAAAAAAACAACAACACGAUCAGUUAACAGAUUUUAUUACAAGUUACUGCAGAAUAAAUGCAGUUUGCAGUUUCAUUUAUAUUAUGUCUUUUGUUCUAUUUUACUAGGUGUAUUAUGGACAUUACCAGUCAAGAGAUUCGGAAUAGGCUUGUGCAUGGUUGUGGGAGCUCUAUUGGGAUGUUUAGGUUUCGUCACCAGCUUAUUUGCACGAAAUUUUCAAACAAUUAUCGUUUGUACAGGAGUAAUAACUGGUACUGGUAUCUCGAUAGGAUUUCUAGCCCCGUGUGUGGUAGUGGGCAUGAUAUAUAAUGAAGACCCGGGAUUUCAGAUGGCAUUGCUAACAGUUUCGGGCAGCUUGGGGCAGAUGACAAUACCUCUUGUUUAUGAAGCAUUUCUUACUUACUAUCACUGGUCCGGGGCCUUUGUUCUUCUUGCAAGUAUUGCUCUGCACGGUGUUCCUUGUGGGCUUCUUAUCUAUUAUUCAAGCAACCUACUUGUCAGUAAAGACGAUAAAGAUGUUAGCUAUUCUAGUGAUGCAUGUGCCAAAGAGCAGUUAACGGACCCUGUGAUAUGGUUAUUUAUAGUAAUACUUUUGAUAAUAUUCGGAACAGGUAAGUUUUUAAAAUACUAGUAUAUGUAAGAAAUACAUUGACAAUGGGUAUUUAAUAAAAAGUAUGCUUUGUUUUGCUUACACAACUAUCAAUUUAGCAGAAAAUGCAUAAAUGCACAUCCGAGUUGAAAAUGUAGUAUACACAAUUUCAAAUCAAUAUUUACACAUCCCAUAGAGCAUUUUUUGAAGAUAAAUAUUAAAAUAGAUAUGUACACGAGCGAAAACGUCGUAUGCCCGUGACAAAGUCAAUCAUGUUGCUUUUCUUUUUAAAUCUUCACAAUAAAAGUGUUUGCCUACAUUUUAGUACAUGUUUCAACAGAAUAUGUUCUUUAACAGUAAAUUUUGAACCGUGGUUCCUGGUUGACCAAAUGGUAUCUUUGGGAUAUUCACAACAGUUUGCAACACAGCUGCUCUCAGUGUUUGGAUUUGCGAAUCUAGUCGGCCGUAUCGUUGGCAGUGUACUGAGGUUAAGUUGUCGAUCAUUUCCAGCGAUAUGCAAUAUGUUUUACGUUUGUCCUUUGAUAGCCCUUGGUCAUACCCUCGUUAUGAAGCUAUAGACCUUCAAUAAUUGGAUGAUUGCUGCCUGCAUUGUACAUGGUUUUGGUUACGGAAAUCUUGCUGCAAUUACACCGGUUGUUCUUUACGAUUUAGUAGAACGUGACAAGUUUCUGGAAGCCUUUGCCCUACUUGGAUUGGCUAUUGGAACUGCAAACUUACUUUGCAAUUUCG